AUGUCGUCAAAAUUGAGAAUCCUGGUUCCUGUUAAGAGAGUCAUUGACUCUGCUAUUAGACCCCGUGUAAAUAAAGCGCAGACUGGCGUCGAGACUCAAGGUGUCAAGUUCAGCAUAAACCCAUUCUGCGACAUUGCUCUUGAAGAGGCCAUUCGUAUUCGUGAAGGAUCGAAAAGUUUAGUAGAAAAGAUCCAUGCAGUUUCUGCUGGAUCAAUCAAGUCUCAAGAGACUCUUAGAACUGCUCUUGCCAAAGGUGCUGAUGAGUCGACCCUGAUUGAUGUCGGUGACAAGGACUUAGAACCUCUGUCAGUUGCCAAAUUACUAGCCAAGGUCGUUGAGGCCCAAGACUCGAAUCUUGUUAUUCUCGGUAAACAAGCUAUUGACAACGAUUCUAAUCAAACCGGCCAAUUGCUUGCUGGAUUACUCAACUGGCCCCAAGCUACCAAUGCUUCUAAAGUGGAGGUUGAAGAGUCGUCUGGAUCAGUCACUGUCACCCGUGAAGUUGACGGCGGUUCCGAAACAGUCAAAGCCAAGCUUCCUCUUGUUAUUACGACCGACCUUCGUCUCAACGAGCCCCGUUACGCAUCUCUGCCCAACAUCAUGAAGGCCAAAAAGAAGCCUCUCAAGGUAGUCAAGCCCGACGACCUCGGAGUCGACGUGUCGAGCCGUCUCGAGAUCCUCAAGGUCACCGAGCCACCUGUCCGCCAAGCCGGUAUCAUAGUCGGCUCAACCGACGAGCUCAUUGAGCGUCUAAAAUCAGCAGGUGCUGUCUAA